AUUGAUGCAACGAAAUACCCAGAGAAGGAUCAGAUUCCUGAUGUGAAUCAUCCUCAAGUGAAAGCCUGGGUAGCUCAAAUUGAUUGGUCAAAAGUCCCAAAGAUCCCUGUCGCAGAAAGUUUGGCAGAUGCACGCCAUUUUCCUAAAUGUCCUCCCAAGGAUUUGGUGGACAAGGAUUCGUGCUGGUGGUCCUGUGAUGCAUGCGAGGCUAAAGAUGAUAUUGUGACUUGCCCAAACCCAGAUGAUUGGGGUCUGACCUAUGAUGAUGGUCCUAGUGAAGCGAGUCGCAGUAUGAUGAAGCACUUGAAGGAAAAAGGGAUAAGUGCGACAUUUUUUAUUGUCGGAAGUAGAGUAUUGGAGUACCCUGAGAUAUUGAAGGAGCAGGUUGAUCAGGGGCAUCAUAUUGCCUUGCACACCUGGUCUCAUUGUGGGUUAACCACAUUGACUAACGAGCAAAUCGUUGCUGAGGUCCGCUGGGCAGAAAAGAUCAUCAAAGACAUGACAGGAGUGACCACGAAAUAUAUCCGUCCACCAUUUGGUGACACUGAUAACCGUGUCCGCGAGAUUCUUCGACAGAUGGGAUACACGAUCGUGAUCUGGACCCAAGGUUGGGAUACAAACGACUGGCGGGUUGCACAGCGUCAGCUCAUGGUCCCUGAGGUCGUUAAAACCUUUACGAAUGCACUCAAUAACCGAGCCUUGGUCCGUUCGCCUUUGGGAAAACUUGGAGGCCCCGUGACAUUGGAGCAUGAUCUGACUGAGGAUACCAUUGAGUUAUCA